GCAGGUACACGUUCAGUGAUUUCUGUGCAGCACACGCACUCAGAUUUAAUGAUGGCUGCUGUGGAGACACUUCUGCAGUUUUCCAGCAGUGGUACAUUACUGGCUGCAUUGCUUGUGUUUUUGGUUUUAUAUGUGCUUUCAUCCAACUCCAAAUCUCACAAAGAAAGAAAAGAUCCACCAGGACCCAAACCACUUCCACUGCUGGGAAACCUGCUGACACUGGACCUGAAAAGACCUUUUGAUACUCUCUGUGAGCUUUCCAAAACAUAUGGAAAUGUAUUCCAAGUGUUUUUGGGUCCCAAUAAAGUCGUGGUCUUGACCGGAUACAAAACGAUUACAGAGGCGCUUGUGAACCGAGCAGAAGAGUUUGGAGAUCGAGAUAUUCGACCUAUUUUCAAACUACUUAAUAAAGGAUGUGGAAUCAUCUCUGCCAACGGAGAGAGCUGGAAAGAGAUGAGACGCUUCGCUCUGACUAACCUGCGUGACUUUGGGAUGGGCAAGAGAGGAUGUGAAGACAAAAUCAUAGAGGAAAUUCAGUAUCUGAAAAAAGAGUUUGAGAAGUUUCAAGGGAAAGCUUUCGAUACAACUCGACCCGUGAACUACGCUGUAUCAAACAUCAUCUCAUCUAUUGUGUACGGCAGCAGAUUUGAGUACACAGCAAUGGUUGACAGGGCAAAUAAAAACGUUUGGAUUGGUGGAUCUGUUUCUAUGCUGCUGUAUAACACAUUUCCAUGGCUGGGUCCAUUCCUGAACAGCAAAAAGGCUAUGGUGAAAAAUACUCAAAAAAACUUAGAGUCAGUAACACAGUUGACCUCUGAGCUGUUAGAGACCCUGAAUCCACAGGACAGCAGAGGAUUUGUUGACUCCUUUCUCAUCCGAAAACAGAGCGAUGAGAAAUCCAACAAGAAGGACUCACAUUUCCAUCAGGACAAUCUUCUCAUGUCUGUGUUAAGUCUUUUUGUUGCUGGUACCGAAACUACAGGAACAACAUUGCGCUGGGGUCUGAUGAUUAUGGCCAAAUACCCUCAUAUCCAAGAUCGAGUUCAAGAGGAGAUUGACAGAGUGAUCGGUGGACGUCAGCCUAUAGUGGACGACAGAAAGAAUUUACCUUACACUGAUGCUGUGAUCCAUGAAGUACAGAGACUGGCCAACAUCGUGCCAAUGAAUCUUCCACAUAUGACCAGCUGUGAUGUGAACUUCAAUGGAUAUUUCAUCAAAAAGGGAACCUCUGUAAUUCCUCUGUUGACGUCUGUAUUAAGGGAUGAAAGUGUUUGGAAGAAACCACACAGCUUUUAUCCAGAACACUUUCUUGAUGAGAAGGGCCAGUUUGUUAAGAACGACGCUUUCAUGCCCUUUUCUGCAGGCCGCAGGAUUUGUCUAGGAGAGAGUUUGGCCAGGAUGGAGCUCUUUCUUUUUUUCACUUCCCUUCUUCAGAUCUUCCGCUUCACUCCUCCACCCGGAGUGUCUGGAGAUGAACUGGAUCUCAAAGGAAUCGUUGGAAUCACACUGAAUCCAUCACCACACAAACUGUGUGCUGUCAAACGCUCCUAAAUAUAGAUGCGCAUAAGGAUAAACUGAUUUUAACAGAUUUUUAAAAAAUAUGUAUUGUAAAUAAUGAAGGAAAUUAUUAGCCAAAUCUGUGUGCGCAACACUACUUUUAUUGCAUUGUAAAGGUUAUGCUUUCAGUAGAUUAACCUAUUUUAUAUUUGAUACAUUUGGUGGGAUGCCAUUUUAUAUUACAGUAGGAUGUAUGUAUGAUAAAAAUUAAGAUCAACGGUAAAAUGUCAAUAUGAAAAGCCUACAAAUCUGAAAUUUACAACAAAAAAUAUUACAAUGUGGCUUAAUAAAUGUGAAAUACAUUCAAAAGCCUAUUUCUAUGUUUGUAUUGUAUGGAAGCCCAUCCUGCCACAUAAGACAAAAUCAUGCUCAGAAUUUUAACUUUUAAAGUAAUAACUUUGCCUUUUUUAAUCUCAUAAUUAGGAUUUUUUCUCAUAUAUUUGAUGGCAGCAGAUUCUUUUAUCUUAUAAUUAUGAUUUACCAGGGCAUGUUUUUCAAUGUUAUUUUAAAAUGGGGAUCCUGCUAAAAUGUAGUCUAGAAGGUAAGAAGACCAAAACAUAGACAAGACAACCCCCCCCCCAAAAAAAAAAACAUCAGUAUUAAUAUAUGUUACUGUUCACCAACUUAAGGCUUAUUUUGGUGAGGCGGAUUGCUUGAUCUUCUCCGAGGACAUUUAUUUGGCAACCCGGAUGAAAGUUGGUAGCUCAAAUUCCAAAAGAGGUUUUAUAAGCUCUCAUUCAAUUUCUACAUAUAACUCAAGGUUGUGACAAAUAAUUGAUUUAAAUAAAGUCUAGAAUGUGAACUUUAGUAUGGCAGACAGGGUGCAGGACCAUAAUCCAGUAAAUGUAACCAUACAAUUGCAGUGUAUAUUUUUUCAUUUCUAAAAAAUGUUAACUAAAUAAAUUAAAUAAAAACAAAUACCACUGUAA